AUGGAAACGGCUUCACUCUGCCUACUCAUCUCAGCCACGCUGAGUAUCCAGCCAGACAGAACUCAGUUCUUUCGCUAUGAAGCGUUCAGUCUCAACUGUGCAGUGCCAGGAAACUUUAACGGCUGGGCAGUGAGAAGAAGCACCUCCAUGGGGUUGCGUGUUUUAUGUGAGGAUGGCUGGGGUCGCCCAAAUGGAUCCUCCUGCAUCAAUAACAGAGCCUACUCAGCAGACAGUGGACUGUACUGGUGUGAGUCUGAGAAGGAAUGCAGCAACACCCUCAACAUAACAGUGAACAUUGGUGUGGUGAUCCUAGAGAGCCCUGCGCUUCCCGUGACUGAGGGAGAUGAUGUGACACUUCGCUGCUCCUACAAGGAAAGAUAUGAUGAGUAUUCGUCAUCAGAUUUCUUUGCUACUUUCUACAAAGAUGAUGUUUUCAUUGGAAAGUAUGCUAGAGGAGAGAUGAUCCUUAAAAAUGUGCCCAUGUCUGUCCAUGGCUUCUACAACUGUGAACACCCUGAACAUGGAAAGUCCCCACAGAGCUGGCUGAGUGUGAGAGCCAGAGCUCAGCCUUCAAGUGAGCCUCCUUUGAUGUCUCUGCCCAGUCUUGUGUCCACAAUCCUGCUGUUCCUCCUCUACACUGCUAUAGCUAUGCUGUGCAUAUACACGUACCGAAAGUGGGCUCGAG